AGUGUUCUUGGCCACACCAAAGAGACAAAUUGCUGGUAAAUUGAGUUAAGAUGACCACCCAUUUCAUCGUCACCAUCACCAUUCAUCCUCCUUUCAAAGCUACCAACUCUCCACAAGCAAUAACUAACCCAUGUUACUCUCAUAAUAACACCAUUCAUCCACCUAACACUUUCAAUUCUUCUAUAUCAUUCACAUUGUCUGAAUCAUUCCAGAAAUUUUCCCAUAAACCAAACAACAAAUAUGACACAUCAAUUGCAAUUAUGUCUUCUUUUCUUCGUUUUCACUUCUUUAACACAUGCAAAAUCCGUCAUUGAGCCAUGUAACACUUCAGAUUCUUGCCCUUCUCUUCUCUCUUAUCUCUUACCUUAUGACUCCAAGCUAUCAGAAAUCGCCUACCGUUUCCAAGUAAAUGUUUCCGAUAUUUUAGCCGCAAACUCCAUCGACCCGGUUGCAGUUCCCUCCCUCGCAAACCAAAUUCUUCCGGCCAGGUCUCUCGUCAAAGUUCCCAUUUCAUGCCCUUGUGUUGAUGGCAUCAGACGCUCCGUAUCAACCGCUUACACUGUCCAGGCGGCGGACACCGUUAAUUCUAUAUCGGAUGGAUUCGGAGGGCUUGUGAGUGGUGAACAAGUUAGGAGUUUCAAUGGGAUUAAUGCCACGAAUCCGCUGACAAGUGGGGAGAGCUUGGCGAUUCUUUUGCCAUGCAUUUGCUUUAACAACAGUAAUGAUAGAGUCGCCGCCGUGUAUCUGUCGUAUGUGGUGCGGAGAGGGGAGAGUUUGGGUGGCAUUGGCCAGACUUUCGGGACUACAGUGGCGGAACUGGAGGCUGUUAAUGGACUUGGCCAACCUGGAGUUGAUCCUGGAGACAUUCUGGCAGUUCCAAUUCCAGCAUGUUCAUCAGCAAAUCUAAACUGGUACAACGAGAGUCUUAUUGUUCCUAACGGCUCCUAUGCACUCACUGCCGCCAACUGCAUCAAAUGCACUUGUGGACCAACCGAUCUCAAUUUGCAAUGUGCACCUUCUGGUAUAGUACCCUCCUGCUCUCAUUUACAGUGUCAAGGGUCUGAUCUCUUCAUCGGCAACGCUUAUGUCAAUCAUACACCCAUUGGAUGCAAUAUCACUGCCUGUGUUUAUCGUGGCCAUAAUGGUGGCAAAAUUUUCCGAAGUUUAUCAAAUUCUUCAAAUGUACAAUGCCCCGUUAACCAAAGUAAUAAAGCAGUGCCACCAAGGGCGUCUCCAUCAUCUAAUCCGAUAGUUCCCUUUGUAAUAUUAUCCCCGUCUCCAUCACCAUCACCAUCUCCAUCUGCUUCUUCUAAUCCAACUAUGGGAAUGAACAACACAAACCCUCGAAGCAAACAAACUUCCAACACUUCUACCCAGGGAAGCAGAUUGCCUGGUCAGGCUAGAUUAUUUUACAUUUUGUUGCCAUUAGAAUUGGCCCUGUGUUUUAUAUAUAUCUCAUGAUUUUUGUAUUAGUUCCUUGUUGAGCAAUGAUACGAAAUUAAGGGGAUCUUGGAGGCAUUGUUACUACUUGAUCAUAUAGGCCUGAUUUAGUUUUGUUUUAAAGGAAUACCAGCACGGGAAACUAA